UGGCUGUUAACAAGUGAGUGUUUACAUGUGAGCAGCUGAUGGAUUGGGGGGCGUUAAAUACCUCCUGCAGCUGCUGUUAACACGUCCAGCUGUCACCUAGAUGUUAUUCAGCUGUUACUGUACUGCUGUUUGUCCCACUGCUGCACCGUAAUAUAGAGGAAAUUCGUGGAGGAGGAGAAACAGCACUAUGAACAGGCGGCCUAUAGUUACUUAUGCUGGGGAUAACAGUCUCUUCAGCGGGCUACAAGCAGGACUGGUCACUGGUCUACCUCAGGAGAGUGUUGAGUGGAGGCGUUCAUAUGGCCGACCCUCCAGGUGCGUCCACGUGGAGGUGGACUUUGUACCGUUCUCGGAGGAGUGUUUGGUGAAGGACGCCCCUCGCACUAUCCUAGGCCAGCCCAUCUUCCACACCUACUGGACAGACUGUGCUGACGUGGAGGCAUACAAGAGCGUGACAAAGGACAGUCUCCAAGCAUGGAUCUUCUCCCUCAAGCAACAGAGCGUCACCGACUGGAUGGUCAUACUCCUCGAGACACCCGACACCCGCAAAGGCAACAAACUGCUCCCUCGCACCACCGUCCUCGACAAGAUCAAGAACGAUUUCGGCGGGAAACAGGCUGAGAGAUGCCUAUCGGUGAUUGACCCGCUCAAGUCGGACUCGAGGUCGAUGGAGUCGUGGCAGACGCUACUCACCAAGAUGCGACACUUGCUCAUGGUGGCGUAUAACCGUGCCCUCAACAAGUUCGAGGAAAGCAUGAGAGCCGAGCGAGAACGUCGAACGGAGAAGUCUUGGUCGUUCUGCUCGUACUUCUUGCUGCAGGAGGAACUGGCACAAGUGUUCCACCUUCUGGCACUGUAUGAUGAAGCCCUCAUCCAGUACGAUGAACUGGACGCUCUCUUUACACAGUUUAUCCUCAACUCAGCGGCUGGAGACUCUCCUCCAUGGCUGGGUAUCUACAGCCAGCCGUGUGAGAAGUGGGAGGGGCUACACCUCACCCCACACCUGGACACAGUCGUUCAGGGGAAGAUCCAGAGUAAGGACGUCACCCUGUUAGAGUUCCGCAACUAUCUCUUCCAGCGACAGUGUGCGCUGCUCUUCCAGCUCAACAAGCCGUGGGAGGUGGCGUCACGCUCCUUGACGUUCCUACAAAACACGGUGGGGGAGCUGAAUAUACUGGACGUUACGGUGGCUCCCGGGGGCGUGGCGUGUUGGGGGGUGUUGUCCUGCCUAGAAAUAAUCGACUCUCUUCACCGUUACAAAGAACCGUCAACCACCGACGCCCACGCACUCCACACUGCACCACUCUGGGCUUAUGCUAGAGACAAGUUACAAGAGCUUGGAUCACUGUGUGGGUUGAUGCCAGGCAGUGCAACAAGUAGUGCCCAGCUCCAUACUGUGAUCUCGCUGGUGUGUGGUAUGGGCAAUGACCCACACACCCACGACCAGCCCACGGACAACCCCCCCACCUCCCAGGACACGCCCAUGACGCGGCUCAAGGAUUCUCUCUCGUCCCCCCAGGCAUUCAAGAAGCAUUUUCUGGAUCUGUCGGAGGUCGCCAUCAGCACAUACAAACACAUCGGUCGCAUUCGCUCAGCUCGUCUCAUUGGUCGAGAUCUGGCCACCUUCUACACGGCCCAGGGAGAGCCCCAGAAGGCAGCAACAUUCUUGACGGACCAGUUGACUAUGUUCCUGGAGGAGGGAUGGCUGCUGUUGGCCGCUCAGACACACCUGGACUUGGCCAAAUGUUACCUGGCCACUAACGAUCUGGAGAGAUACAUAAGGACUUGCGCACAGCUAGCCGGGAGUGUGGUCCUCGGUGCAGACGUGAGGAAGCAGCACUUCAACAAGAUGAUGACGGCCAUACAAGACGUACAGGAAGGCUCGUCACUACUCAUCCCAAGUGAUCGCAUCUUCGAGAUCGGUGGCGUCAAGCUGGUGUCUGAAGGCCGGAUCAUCCUGCAGUCUGAGGUCAAGGUGGAGCUCUCAGUCCUCAGCAAGUUGCCCGAUGAUGUGAGCUGCGGGACGGUAUACAUCAUGCUACAACACUCCCUGGAGGACAACAACGAGACGCCCACCAAACGCAUCGCUGAAGUGGAACGCAAGACGAGUUCCUCCAGCGCUUCAUCUCAACCCUCCAGGGACAAACCCCAAGCCUCAGCCAUGGUCCAUCGGAGUGGGAGUAGCACAACAGAGGCCGACCGCACCAACGUACCGACCGACACAGGAGACUCCGACGGCGCCAAGAUCAACCCCAUGACUCAGCCUCUACACAUGAGCCUUCACCUGGAGUAUAAACAAGAUAAGUCUCUCUCCUCUGCUGCUGUCACCUGUUCCAACUCCCAUAAGGUUCUGAGCCACCUGGUCAAUUACCUGUCACGUGAUUGGUCGGAUGUCGUUCUUCUCACUGAAAAAUGGAGACGAGACAGUCAGGGGGGACUGUACAAGGUGGACCGCAACGUAGUUAAAGAGGAGCUCGAGGACAGAUUUGUUGCCGACGACGUCAUCAUCAGACCCGGCCAAAACACCAUCAUCCUUUCCACUAAGGUUACGAAGAAGGGCCGGUACAGUGCCAGCCAGGUAGUGUUGGCCCUGGACAAAGUGGAGUUCAUCUGUGGUAAGACAAGUGUGGGCGGCUCUCCCAUGUGUGUGGAAGUGGUGAGCGAGAUUCCCAGAAUAUUCUUGGGUCGUCGCGAUCGGGAUCUUCUGGCCGGGAUAUAUCAACCGAUGGUGCUCACCGUGCACAGUGGCAGCUGGCAGAUAGCUAAGGGCACGUCGGUCAAGCUUCGCACUUCCCGCGGCCUGUCUGUGAAGUGUGACGAGGAAGACCAGAACUGCAAAACACUGGAAAGAGAAUUGGAGGCAUCGUUGCCAGAGGUGUCGCCCUUCUCGUCCGUCGCUAUACCACUGACUGUCAUGGCCGAGCUGGGACCACAGAGGGAUGCGGCGACUGUCGAACACACUGUAGGCAUCAGCAGCCCCAUAAUUGACCAGAGACUCGACAUUGACGUUCACUUUAUCCCUCCAUUCAUGUCCUCGCACAAGUUACACACAGCCAACACCUACAAGUUCAUAGAGGUAACAGUGACAGGUCUAGUGAGUCGAGCGGUGGAGCUGACAGACCCCAUGUUAACUGUGCUCGACCCAGAACAGCAGUUUAAGUUGACGUCUCUUCACCCCCCCACGCAGUCCUUGGUGGUGUGCACGAAACAAACAGCGAGUUACCUAUGGGCGCUGGAGGUGGACUACGAGCAGGAAGGAACUCCGCCGAUCAAGCUGGAGUUUACGCUACAGUACCGCCCCCUGGAUGAGAACUCCCAACCACUCCCGGAGGAUCCUCGUAACUAUAAGUACAUGUUUGACCUUCAGGACUAUAAGACUCUGUACAAUAUCCGGGCGAGGGUAGAACCCAGCAAGGGCUCUGAGCUGUGUCGUGCAGGAAACAUGUGUCACCUACACAUCGCCUUAAAGCAAGUGUCUUCAAAGUCACCAGCAAAUGAGACAGAUGGCACCAGCACACAGCAGGCGACUCAACACUCCAUCAUGUACGAGGUGUUGGCGGACCAGACUAUGUGGGCAGUGUGCGGGAGGACAGCUGGGGUGUUGACACUGGAGGGGGGACUGAGGCAGAGCGUCACCAUGGAUGUGAUGCCCCUGACCGGAGGCUUUUUGCCGCUACCUUCUGUACGACUGUCAAAAUACAUCCCGGCAGAUAGUAAGCAGACGACGACAAAAGACGGAGGGAGGAAGAUGGAGUACGUGGGCAGUGCGUCGUCGGUGCCACGCCUCCAGCCCUUCACCGCCGGUCAGGUGUACAACUUCAGUAAAGCCCAACAGGUUCACGUCCUCCCCGCCUCCAAUACCCUACAGGGGGAUCUCUCCGUCACUUGAAAUACGUUUUUAUCGGGAGUAACGUACGACGUCCUCUGGCUCUAGGCCUCGCAGUGUGAUCUUGCCGUGACGUACAACACACACACAACAACAUAGGCGACUGGCUUGGUUUUAGUUCCUUCAAGCCAUGUGAUGUACAGUUGUAGGUUAGUGGGGGUAAAUUGUCCUCAAAAUUUACAACUACUUCUAAGACAUAUGAUAAACAGGUAACGCACAGUGUGUUAUGGUGGACUGUAUGAUAGUUACUCUAACCUGAACCCUUAAAUAGCUGCCAUCAUCAGUGGAAGUUAGCUGUAGGGACGUUGGCCAUCAUCAGUGGAAGUCAGCUGUAGGGACGUUGGCCAUCAUCAGUGAACGUAGAAACCUCUUAGCUGCUGAUUAAGGGUUACUUAAUAUAGCCAAGUUACUAUACCAAUUAAACUGUUAAAUUCCAAUUCAAAGUAGAUAAAAAAAAUUUAAAAAUUCUAAGAUCAAUUUUUUUUGUGCGUCUUGGGAAAUAAAAUUAAAAACAUGUACACAAGUAGUUUAUCAAUCUGGUCCCAACAACAGGACAAAAAAAAUCUUAAGAGGAAGGAAACACCGCUGUAAUUAGGAGAAAAUAAAUCAUCUGUUUCCUGUUAUGUGGACAUGGGGAAAAAAUAUACAGUACAGGAUAUUGUAUUUUUCCAAUAUAUUUUUUCCCAUUGAAAGUUUAUUGUAUGUAAUCAGAUUAAAACUAAGAGGCUGAUUAUCUAGACAAUGUACGUGAUGAUCUACGACAAGACGUUUGAUUUAUGUCGGCUGUAAUUAUCGUAACUUUUGUAUGUUGAAGAUUUUGUAUCUGAAUAUUUACUCACUGAAGAAAUUAUGUAAUACUGUAGCUGUAUUCUGUACCACAUAAAUAUAAUAAAACACACUGCUCUUGUUAUCCAUAUUGUAUUAUCUCAUAUUGUGGGAUUUAUUCAUUUAUCCUCUUCACCCCUGGAUAAAUAAAUAAUGUUUUCUUAUUAGUUCUGUAUUUUAUUUGGCGAUUAUUUUAGGUACAGGAGAAAAAAUUGAACCAUUGGGAACCUGAAAGGAGGAAUUUAUUCUAUUUGGUGUAAAUACUCAAAUGGUCGAGAUUAUAACCUUUAUAUUAGUUCUUUUUCUCGCUUUAUGGGGGAAAUAAUGUGUUUGAAAUUAUUUAUUGUUAUUCUGUGGAUGGUACAGUUACUUGUGAUAUAUUCCUGCCUUGUAAUGUACAGUGUGUGUCAUAGGUCGCACAUCAUACAGAAAUUAGUGUAUAUACAGGAUGUGUCAUAGGUUGUACACCAUAUGCAAAUUAGUGGUAAUGUACAGGGUGUGUCAUAGGUCGUACAUCAUACAGAAAUUAGUGCAUGUGUCAGGGUGUGUCAUAAGUAAUUCUCACUACUGGUGGUUCAUAUGUGACCUGUCUAUACUGGGAAACUAUUGUGUCGAGAGAACGAGUACACCUUGUAUAUAAUUUAAUCAAUUAGUGUACAACUGGGGUCACGUGAAGAAUAGGCAACCCAGCUUAAUCACCCUAAUGAUAAUCUAACCAUGAGAUGAAAUAAGCUGGGGAGGGGGGGGAUAAGCUUCAUGUGGCCCUAAACUGUUUAUCAUUCCCAUAUGUCUGAUCCUCUUAAUAUUGUUGUUAUUAUUAUUAUUAUUAGAUAUAAAUUGGAUAGUUUAUCAGUCAAAUAGGCUUCAGUGCUAAUAGGUACCAUUAAAACUAGAGCCUAUUUGAUCUACGACCAUUUGUGAGUUAUCGAGAUGAUGUUCUGCGAUGGCUAAUUCGGAAGCUGCACACAGUACCACGAUUCUCUUUAUAUAUUUAUUUAUCGUUGAAUGUAUGAGUUGGUUCUUGAUUUCCAUAUAAAAUGUUGACAAUUUA